UCUCUGCUCCCAUCUCUCUCUCUCUGCGAUUUCUUCGUUUCUCUGCAAACGGCGAAAAGGGUUGUCUGAUUUGCUGGAAAUCGCCAUGAAUUCUCAAGACACCUACUACGACUGCUUAAUCACAUCGAGUGCACUCCCACCUUGGCUGCCUCUGAGGAACGACGUCUUCAUCGUCUUCCAUUUCGAAACUCGCGAAUUCAUCCAAGAUCCCAACGGUGUCCGAACCUUAAUCUGGUACCGCAAUUAUCCUCCAACAGUUCCCAUCCUCUUGGAUCUGAGAAGCCCCGCUCCUCGCCACAUCUUUCAACUCCUCCAUCGCCGUAUCCACGAUCCUUUCUUGUGCCAGCAACUAGCCAGUGAUAUUGCUGAUUCGGCAAAUCGCAUGGGUUUCGGUCUUCAAGGUAUCACAAUGGUCGUGAACGUGAAACUGAUCAACGACACGAUCUUUCUUGUGUCGGGUUCUUCUCCUUCGAGAGGAGCAUCGGAAGCUCUGUUGCAGAGAUUGGUGGAAGAACAGAGUUUCGAUUCUGCCGAGAAAUUGGAGAACUCCUCGAAUAUGGAAUCGGAGGCUUGCGCGAUCUGUCUGGAGAACUUGUUGGGUUCGGAGGGUGCUCUUGUGCAAAUGCCGUCUUGUCCUCAUUUUUUCCACCGAGAAUGUCUUGUGGAGUGGCUCAAGCGUACGAACUCUUGCCCGUUGUGUCGGAGCGUGCCCUACGAGUACGAUGAAUCACAGUAA